GGACGUUGCAAUUUGGAGGAUUACUCAUAACCGUUGCUGCAAUUCUCAUCAGUCUCACAGUAUAUACAUUUAUUAUAUAGGUGAUGAUGAUGGUGGAUUAAUACUGGAUUCACGGAUUCCUUGGCGCCUUGAAGUUGGUGCAGAUCUGCAGUGUGGGGAGGAUAAUCUGGAAGGCUUGUGGAGAUGGUUUGUACGAUGUCCGGAGUGCGGCUGCCGAUUGUGCCGUCGCUGUGUAGAUUGGGGAGUGAUGGUUCGAGCUCGCACCGGCGGAAUGGGAGUUUGUCGUUUUUGUUGAAGAACACUCGGGGUAUUUCGCGAAAGGUUUUUUCUGCAAAGUCUCAAGAGUCUGGAUCCCAAUCCUCUACAGCAACCACAUCAGAGAAGGUCCUUGUUCCAGGGGAGGAGGAUGGUAAAUCUCUUCCAGCAGAAGAAUUGGAGGUCCCUCAGAUAGUUUCCGAUGAUUCACAGAUAUCAGGUGAUGUAGAAGGUUCAAACAUAGAACAAGAAACAGAAACAAAAGAUGACGUAAACUUGGUUGAGAAAAGCAGUUCCCAUGGAGCCAUGAUGGGUCAAGAUUCUGAAUUUAUACAAAUGCUAGGUGGAUAUGUAGAAACAAAAACUGAAGGAUUAUCAGACUCAACAAGUGAAGAUAUAAGUGAUGAAUCUUUAAGGGUUAAAGAGAAGGCCAUCCCUCCGCCAGGAGCUGGCCAGAGGAUAUAUGAGAUAGAUCCACUUUUGAGCAAUUACAGUGAACAUCUUAAUUAUAGGUAUGCUCAGUACAAACGAUUACGUGAAGCAAUUGACAAAUAUGAGGGUGGACUAGAAAAGUUUUCUCGUGGUUACGAGAAGUUUGGUUUUAAUCGCAGUGAGACAGGUAUCACUUACCGGGAGUGGGCACCUGGGGCUAAGUCGGCAGCACUUAUCGGAGAUUUCAACAACUGGAAUCAUAAUGCUGAUGUGAUGACUCGUAAUGAAUUUGGCGUUUGGGAAAUCUUUUUACCAAACAAUGCAGAUGGAUCUCCAGCUAUUCCCCAUGGUUCCCGUGUGAAGAUUCGCAUGGAGACUCCAACAGGAAUGAAAGAUUCUAUUCCAGCUUGGAUCAAGUUUUCUGUUCAGCCUCCUGGAGAAAUUCCAUACAAUGCAAUAUAUUAUGACCCACCAGAGGAGGAAAAGUAUGUUUUUAAACAUCCUCGUCCAAAGAAACCGAGAUCAUUACGUAUAUAUGAGUCUCAUGUUGGUAUGAGCAGUAAGGAACCUAUUAUCAAUACAUAUGCCAACUUCAGAGAUGAAGUGCUUCCACGCAUCAAGAAACUUGGGUAUAAUGCAGUUCAGAUAAUGGCAAUUCAGGAGCAUUCAUACUAUGCCAGUUUUGGUUAUCAUGUCACAAAUUUCUUCGCACCAAGUAGUCGAUUUGGGACUCCUGAUGAUCUAAAGUCAUUGAUAGAUAAAUCUCAUGAGUUGGGCUUGGUUGUUCUCAUGGAUAUCGUGCACAGCCAUGCAUCUAAUAAUACUUUGGAUGGGUUGAACAUGUUUGAUGGCACUGAUACCUGUUACUUUCACUCGGGAGAACGAGGUUAUCAUUGGAUGUGGGAUUCUCGUCUUUUUAACUAUGGACAGUGGGAGGUGCUACGAUUUCUUUUAUCUAAUGCAAGAUGGUGGUUGGAUGAGUACAAGUUUGAUGGAUUCAGAUUUGAUGGUGUGACAUCGAUGAUGUAUAAUCACCAUGGUUUGGGGGUGGGGUUUACUGGGAACUACAGCGAGUACUUUGGAUAUGCAACAGAUGUUGAUGCAGUGAUUUAUUUGAUGCUUGCUAAUGAUGUCAUUCAUGGACUUUUUCCCGAUGCCAUAACCAUAGGGGAAGAUGUUAGCGGCAUGCCAACGUUCUGCAUUCCUGUUGAAGAUGGUGGUGUUGGAUUUGACUAUCGCCUACAUAUGGCUAUAGCUGAUAAAUGGAUUGAGACUCUCAAGACAAGAGAUGAAGAUUGGAAAAUGGGAGACAUUAUACACACGCUUACAAACAGAAGAUGGAUGGAAAAGUGUGUUUCCUAUGCAGAAAGUCAUGACCAAGCCCUGGUUGGAGAUAAAACGAUUGCAUUCUGGUUGAUGGAUAAGGAUAUGUAUGACUACAUGGCACUGGAUAGACCAUCUACUCCCUUAGUCGACCGUGGAAUAGCGUUACACAAGAUGAUUAGGCUUAUCACAAUGGGUUUAGGUGGGGAAGGUUACCUCAAUUUCAUGGGAAAUGAAUUUGGACAUCCAGAGUGGAUAGAUUUUCCUAGAGGUCCCCAACAUCUUCCUGAUGGCCAAGUCCUUCCAGGAAAUAACUUCAGCUAUGAUAAGUGCAGGCGUAGAUUUGAUCUAGGAGAUGCAGAUUACUUAAGAUACCGUGGAAUGCAAGAAUUUGACCAAGCAAUGCAGCAUGUUGAAGAAGAAUAUGGUUUCAUGACUUCGGAGCAUCAGUAUAUAUCAAGAAAGGACGAAGGAGAUAGGGUAAUUGUGUUUGAAAGGGGGAACUUAGUCUUCGUCUUCAAUUUCCACUGGACCAAUAGCUAUUCAGACUACCGGGUCGGCUGCUUGAAAGCAGGAAAAUACACGGUUGUUCUCGAUUCAGAUGACCCGUUAUUUGGAGGCUUCGGCAGGAUAGAUCACAAUUCAGAAUUCUUCUCCACUGAUGGAUGGUAUGAUGACCGGCCUCGAUCCUUUUUGGUCUAUGCUCCUUCCAGAACUGCAGUGGUGUAUGCCUUGGCAGAAGACAAGCCCAAACCAGAACUAGAACUAGAAUCAGAACCAGAACCAGAACCAGUAGAUGGUUGAGUGCAAUACCAGUUUUAAUUCAGCCGGUGCCACCGCGCGCAAUACAAUUUCAACUGAGGCAAGACUAGUCUGUAUCCGAGGAGGUGGUUUGCUUCGGCUUCUCAGCGAUACAAUUUUACAGGGGGGGCUAAAGAUGAAUGUGUCCGGGACUAACAUGAAGAAGCCAACAGGAAAUUUAUCUAUGCUGAGGCUCAGCAGGAGGUAAUGCAUGCAUUUAAAUUAAUAAUAGUAAGUCUGUAUUAUGAUGAUGUUUUCUUAAUAAUAAUACCGGCGCCAUGCCGUGCCGUGGUGGUGGUGGUGGUGGUUCACACCGGCCCGACUCUUGUGUUGUGUGUGUGUAGUAGCAGCGAGUGAGUAUUCCUCCGUCGGUCGGGAAGGGAAGCCUCGGCUGGCCAGGCCAUGGCAUCUAAUCUAAUGUUAUUGUGUUGAAACAAAUUAAACCAUGAGAACUGAUUAGUUGCUGCUGCUGCUGCUGCUGUUUCUAUUGUGUUUGAUUUAUGUGCUUAAAUUUACAUUUGGUGUGUGCCGACACCUAGCAA